CCGCAAUGUCGGCUUGACUGCAAACAGAAAAUGGAUUUGAUUUCCCUUACCGGGGAAAUCAGCGUUUAAACGCUAACAAAAUCACCUAUACAGGGAACAUUUCUGUGUUUCUCUGCCAGGAUGCAUGUAUUAUUACUUAAAGAGCCGAGAGAUGAGGAAUCUGGACCUGAUCCCUACAUGAAGGAAUUGGAGUCGCAUGGACACAAAUCAACACUCAUCCCUGUGUUGUCUUUUAAGUUCGUCUCGUUAAAUACCUUUUCUGAUAAGCUUUUCCAGCCAGAGAAACAUGGUGGCCUGAUCUUUACCAGCCCCAGAGCAGUGGAGGCUGUGAAGAUGUGCCUAGACAUGGGAGGAAGGAGAGAAGAAUGGAACAAAUGCAUAAAAGACAAAUGGAACUCAAAAUCCAUAUAUGUGGUCGGGAAGGCAACUGCAGCAUUAGUUCAAAGUCUGGGUCUGAAGCCCCUGGGAGAGGACACAGGGACAGCUGAUGUCCUAUCACGUCUUAUUAUUGAAAGAGAAGACACCAAUAUCCCACCGCUUUUUUUCCCCUGUGGCUCAAUUAAAAGAGAAGUCUUGCCCACGGCUUUAAGGGAAAAUGGAGUUCCCUUAGAGACACUGACUGUCUAUCAAACAGCUGAACAUCCAGAUCUUGAGAAAAAUCUGAACAACUACUUCGCAGAGCAGGGAACUCCAGCAAGUAUAGCUUUCUUCAGUCCAUCCGGGGUGAAGUUUUGCCUGGAAGCAGUGCGAAGGCUGUCGGGUGAACAACUCAAUGAAAUAAAGUUUGCCGCCAUCGGGCCGACUACACGAGACGCUAUGACAGCAGAAGGCCUUUGUGUGAGCUGCACUGCUGAAAAGCCAACGGCGGAGCAUUUGGCAGCAGCGAUAGCCACGGCUCUACAGUGAUCAUCUACUCUUAAAUCCGACCAAUCUAUCUGUUGUCUGUCUGGUUCAAGGUUAUAUAAAAUGUCAAAUCAUGUUUGAUAUUUUGCUGCUCAUGUCACCAUUGCUGGAUUUAAAAUUUGCACUGAAAAGAUAUUUGUGUCGUAAAAGUCAAGGAACUUUAUUUCAUUUCAAUCCUGUUUUUAAAAUAAAGCUUGAUUAAUGUAAU